CAGCAAUAAACAACCAGGCCGGUAUAAAAGGCCUCCACCGACUCCACGCAGCAAAGGACACAGCAGACACCCGAGUGGCUGAGUCGGACGUAGCAGCUCAGGAUGCAGAGUCUCAACCUUCUCCUGGCCCUCCUGCUCCUUACAGGAGCCCAGGCCCGCUACUUCUGGCAGCACGAUGACCCCCAGCAGACCCGCCUGGAACGCCUGCAGGAGCUGGGCCAGGUGUACCUGGAGUCGGCCAAGGUGGCCGUGCAGGAAGCCGUGGGGCAGUUCGACUCCUCUGCCGUGGCCCAGGAGCUGCAAGUCUCCUUAGGGCAGAAGUUGGAAGCCGUAACAAUUGUGCUGCGGCAGAUCAAGGAGGAGAUCGCACCCGAGCUGGAAGAAGUGAGGAACGAACUGCGGGCGGCCUGGCAGAAGCUGAAGGAAGAGGUGAUCAAUGACGUGCAGGACGUCGGAGUCCAGAUCCAGCCCUUCCUGCGCAAGUUCCGGGAGAACGUGCAGCAGGACGCGGCCAUCUACUUCCAGCAGCUGAAGACCAUCUCCCAGGACAUCAACCAGGCGGCCCAAGACAAGCUGAGGCCGGUGGCCGAGGCCUUCCGGGACAAGGUGCGAAGCCACGUGGAUGCCUUCCGCAAGGACGCCGCUCCCUACACCAAGAAGCUGGAGCAACUCCUCCAGGAGAAGGCCAAGACGCUGGAGCAGAGCGCCCUGACCGAGCUCACCGAGCUGCAGACCGAGCUGCAGCAGCAACUGAGCGAAGCGCGGGAGAAAUACGGGCCCCUCUUGGAAAAGGCCCGGGAGGAGCUGCUGACCCUGGUGGGGAGCGCCAAGUCCUUCUUUGUGACCGACAGUGGUUCGGAGCAGGAGGUGCAGCAGCAGGAGAGCUCCUAGAGGCCCCGCGUGGGUGCCCCCCAAUCAACACUGCCGCUCCCCUCCCCCCGCAAGGGUCCCGGUGACCCAUCCUGGUGGCUGAGGAGGCUGGCAAUCCCUUUGCAAGAGAACCCCCCACCUCCACCCAGACUUUCCCCUCUUCUCCUCCUUCUUUUGUGCCAAAUAAAAACAUCUGUGAUAUGCAAAUGA